AUGCUGCAAAGCCCGGCGGCGGCCGCAAGCUCACAAGCCACCCUCUGCUCGCUGCGAGCCCCCGCGCACGUCCCGCCGAGCCACUCUCCGCGCUCCCCUUCUCGCCCGCACCGGAGCACCCAGAGCGACCCCUUCUGCCAUGUUAGCCUGCACACGCCCGAGCAAGCUCUGUUGACCCGCGAAGACACAAGCUACGACCCAGCCGCUCUCUCGUUGCAAGACGACUGCCGCCCCGCUCACCGCGCUCGCCAGAGCCCCAAGGCUCUCUCCACCGCAUUCAUCCACGGUUGCAGACCGCUAGUUGAUCGCGCAACCUCUUCGCUGUCCGCCUUCCAAAACCAGUCCCGCGCCGCUGUCCCCUCGCCAGCAAAGUCGCAAGCCUCUUUCAUCCCUUCUCGCCGCGAUCCCACCACCCUUCCCGACGAACAGAAACCAUCCCGCGCCUCUGUCUUAGGAGACUGGUUCAACCGCCCCUACGCCGCCUACAACCUCAGCAGCCAGCCCACCGAGAACGACAGCGAGUCAGACAUCGGCUCCGACUCCGAUCUCGACUCCGACGACGAUAUCAUGGACACCGCCAGCAAGCGCGCCACCGCGGGCUCGCUCCGGUCCGUGAAGUCUGUCAAACGCGCUAGCACCCAGAGCGUUGCCAACAACAGCAACAACGCCAACAACACCAACAACAACAACUCCAUAUUCGCCUCAUGGUUCUCCCGCAAGUCUGACGGCCCCAAGCGCAACAUGCCGCAGGACCCGCUGUCCGUGCUGGAUAUCGAGAGCGCCCUCUUCCCCAACGGCCCGGCCGAUCCGCAGGACCCUGCCUCCUUCCAUGAGCUCCACAAGACCAGCGUCGCCCUGCUGCAGCAGUUUCAGUCUUCCUACAAGGCGAUGCAGCUGUGCAUGCAGGACACCAGGCUAGAGGAGGAUGGCCUGAUCGAGGAGAAGAAGCAGGCCGAAGUGCAUGCCCGGAGCCUGCAGAUGCAGCUGGACAACCUCAAGGCCGAGGCCGACCUGCGCGAAAAGGAAUCCAAGGCCCUGCGCGAGGCUCUCGAAAGGGAGAGCCAGUUACGUGCCGACGAGGAGGAGGCCCGCAUCGUCUCGCUCCGUGCCAUGAAGGCUUGCAAGUGUAAUCGUAAGAGCACCGCGUCCAGCACAAUCUCCAGCGAACCGAGCGGCGUCCUGAGCGAUCGCGACUCAGGCUUCGAGUCCGAGGGCGAGACCAUCACCGACGACCUGGCCUACCGCAGUCGUCCCACCAGCAUGGCCAGCGAGUCCGACAUCCCCGAGCUCGAGAGCACCCCGAGCACCGCCCCCACCUCCGCUCCUAGCCCGGUCGAGCCGUCCAAGCCGACGCUCUUCAAGCGCAAGAGCACCGUCGACGCCGCUCUGCAGAAGAAGCGCAACUCCAAGAUGGGUGGCAGCGCCAUGCCCAUCAUCCUUACCGGAGCUGGCAAGAUGAACGACACCAACGGCCAAAUGGAUGUCUGGCGCGAGAACAGGGACCUUAGAGAAAGAGUCGAGGCUCUUGAGCGCACCGUCGACGAGACCCUGGGCAUCGUCGGCGGACUCGAGGCCGGCAUCAUCUACUAA